CAGUUCGAAGCGAGAGCGACAGAGUCGUGGCCGCCUGUCCUCUGCCCCCCCCUUCCCUCCCUCCCACCGCUGCCAUAGCAACCCCAGAAGGGGUAGUUGAGGGACGACCGGCACGCGGGGGACGUGCCAGUUUUCACGCAGGGCUUCCUCGUGCGCGCUGCAGGGGGGAGAGGGAGGGCGCUCAGGCGGCCAGGCCUGCUUGCCACUUCCUGGCGGGCUACGGUCGCGCUGGCUGGACGGGCCCAGGGAAGCGUGAGGUGGGGCUCGGGAACUCCAGUUGGAACUGAAUGGGAUUGCAGUAUUAUGUUCCACUGGGCAUUACCUCCCCCCCUCUCAAAACAACUCUUCCCUCUACUUAUUUUGGCAAUGGGCUUUCUACCUAAUAACAUCAGCAUUCCUAGUGAAUUUUCACAACUAAAAGUGAAUGUAUGAAUGCUUUAAUAACCAAUACAGUGGGUGACAUCUGCAGAAUACAGAAUCCUAAUGAAGCUUUUCAACCUUACCGUGAGGAACGUGGUUUCUCAAGUAUAUUGCGGGCUUAAAUUUGCUCCAGCCAAGAAAGAAAGGGCAUACUUUGAAAUGGCACGACCCAGUUCAAAUAUUGCUGAAUUUCGAGAUAUAUUUGCUAAAGCAAAACAUAUAGCAAUUAUCACAGGGGCUGGAAUCAGUGCAGAGAGUGGCGUUCCAACUUUCCGAGGUGCAGGAGGCUUUUGGAGGAAAUGGCAUGCACAAGAACUGGCUACCCCGGAGGCUUUUGCAAGGAAUCCCUCUCGAGUGUGGGAAUUCUAUCAUUACCGUAGAGAAUUAAUGAUGACCAAACAACCAAACCCUGCACACCUUGCCAUAGCAGAGUGUGAGGCUAAGAUAAGCAAGCAAGGCAGGAGUGUUGCGAUCAUCACACAAAACAUUGAUGAACUCCACAAAAGAGCAGGAUCAAAGCAUGUUUUAGAAAUUCAUGGUAGCUUAUUCAAAACCCGAUGCACCAGUUGUAGAAAUGUGGUGGAGAAUUACAACAGUCCAAUCUGUCCUGCUUUAGCUGGAAAAGGUGCUCCAGAUCCUGAAACGGAAGAAGCUACUAUUCCUGUGGGAGAUCUCCCUCGAUGUGAACUGUGCAAUGGCCUCUUGCGACCUCAUGUUGUAUGGUUUGGAGAAACUUUGGAUUCUAAUAUCCUUACAGAGGUUGAAAAAGAACUUGAGAUAUGUGAUCUUUGUUUGGUGAUUGGAACUUCUUCUAUAGUAUAUCCUGCUGCUAUGUUUGCUCCUCAGGUAUCUGCCAGGGGAGUGCCAGUUGCAGAAUUCAACAUGCAAAGCACUCCGGCAACGGAUAAGUUCAGAUUCCAUUUCUCAGGUCCUUGUGGUACUACGUUGCCUCCAGCCCUUGCCUAUGAAGAAACUAAGACCACCUCUUGAAUAUUUAUGAGAAGUAAGAAAGAGAAAAACUAUAAUUGCCAAUUUUAGUAAUGGUGCAAAUCUAAGAGGAACCGGUUCUCCUGUGGAAAACACCUUGCCUGAAACUGAACUAUGGAAUGUCAAGAUGACGGUGGACAAAUAAGUCACGAUUCUCAGAUGACAAGAAUGAGCAGUGGUAAAGGAUGAUGGACAGAGACAUGAAAAGUGGUUAUCACUGUUGGGGGGUGCGAAAUCAUGUGAAUUGAAAGUAUAAAUAUAUAAACUGCUCAAAUAUGGUGAAAAAGAGAUUUGUACUCUUAAGAGUUUCAGAUUGUAUCUUUGAUAAAUGUCAAGCAAAGAGAGAAUGUUACCAUUAUUCAUAUUUCACAGAAUUAUUUUCUGAAAAUGGGUAAAACUGAAAAAUUUAAGAAUAAGCUAGCUUUUAAUAGAGCCUACACUCCAGUACUUUGCAGGAAAUCAGUAAACAAAAUUAUUCUUUGUUGUGAAAUGAAGUGCUCAAGAUUGUAAGCAAUAUAAAAAAUAGAUUAAUAGCUUCAAUUUACAUAUGGUUGCCUACUUCUAGUUCACUUCCAGAGCUGAAUGAAUAUAUGUAUGAACUUAAUUACAGUUUUCUUUGCUGUUCUAAGGCACUAAAAUAAAUCAAUGCCCUUUUAAUUGA